CUCUUUCCUGGGAGUGGGAGUUUGCUCCAAACUUUGUUUAUGGGACAGUCGGAGAGCCGCGGCGGCCGCGCUGUCUGCUUCUCCUCCUCUUUCAAGAGCGCGAAGGCCUGAGACCAGUUUGGGGGAUGUGAAAGCCAAAGCUCCUCGACUGCCAGGUACCGAGGCCGGUCCGGAUUUGCCAACCGGGCUCCGGCUCCAAUCCUGCAAGAUCGGGACGCACCCCGAGCGACCCAGGCCCGACGCCCAGACUUGGCUUCGCUGCGCGCCCAGAAGAUGAAUCCGGCCUCAGCGCCCCAUCCGCUCCCGCCGCCCGGGCAGCAAGUGAUCCAUGUCACGCCGGACCUAGACACGGACCUCGAAGCCCUCUUCAACUCGGUCAUGAACCCCAAGCCCAGCUCGUGGCGGAAGAAGAUCCUGCCCGAAUCGUUCUUCAAAGAGCCUGACUCCGGCUCGCACUCGCGCCAGUCCAGCACCGACUCUUCCGGCGGCCACCCGGGGCCCCGGCUGGCCGGCGGCGCCCAGCAUGUCCGCUCGCACUCGUCGCCCGCGUCCCUGCAGCUGGGCACAGGCGCGGGCGCAGCGAUCAGCGCCGCGCAGCAGCACGCGCACCUCCGCCAGCAAUCCUACGACGUGACUGACGAGUUGCCGCUCCCCCCGGGCUGGGAGAUGACCUUCACGACCACUGGCCAGAGGUACUUCCUCAAUCACAUAGAAAAAAUCACCACAUGGCAAGACCCUAGGAAGUUGAUGAAUCAGCCCCUGAAUCAUAUGAGUCUCCACCCUGCCGCCACUUCCACACCAGUGCCCCAGAGGCCCAUGGCCGUGUCCCAGCCAAAUCUUGUGAUGAGUCACCAGCACCAGCAGCAAAUGGCACCCAGUACCCUGAGCCAGCAGAACCACCCUACUCAGAACCCAGCAGCGGGGCUCCUGAGUAUGCCCAACGCACUGACCACUCAGCAGCAGCAGCAGCAGAAACUCCGGCUUCAAAGGAUCCAGAUGGAGAGAGAGAGGAUUCGAAUGCGUCAAGAGGAGCUCAUGAGGCAGGAAGCUGCUCUCUGUAGACAGCUCCCCAUGGAAGCCGAGACUCUGGCCACGGUUCAGGCUGCUGUUAACCCCCCAACCAUGACUCCAGACAUGAGAUCCAUCACUAAUAAUAGCUCAGAUCCUUUCCUCAAUGGCGGGCCAUAUCAUUCGAGGGAGCAGAGCACCGACAGCGGCCUGGGGCUAGGAUGCUACAGUGUCCCCACCACCCCGGAGGACUUCCUCAGCAAUGUGGAUGAGAUGGACACAGCUCCCUUCCACCCGGAUCCCACCCCACCCUCUGCCCUUAGUCCCCCCACCCCACUGUCCUCAUCCAUAGGGGAGAACGCAGGGCAGGCACCCAUGAACAUCAAUCCUCAGCAGACCCGUUUCCCUGAUUUUCUGGACUGUCUCCCGGGAACCAAUGUGGACCUCGGAACUCUGGAAUCUGAAGAUCUGAUCCCCCUCUUCAAUGAUGUAGAGUCUGCUCUGAACAAAAGCGAGCCCUUUCUGACCUGGCUGUAGUCAGUAUAUUGUAACCUGUGUGCAGCCAUGACCUGACAUUUCCUGGGCCUCUUGGGAAAAGCGAUGGAGCAGAGCAAGUCUGCAGGUGACCCGCUUUCUGCGCUCAUGACUUAUGCUCCCUCCUUUCCAUGUGGCCAGUUUAAUCAUUGCCUGGAUUUGAUUGAUAGUAAUCUAAGUUAAACAUAAAUAAAUAUUCUAUUUUCGUUUUCUGCAAGCCUGCAUUCCUGUGGUGGGUUAUGCAGAAUUGCGUUCCUGUUUUUCUCUCUGUAGCCCCAUGACUAAGCUUUAUGGGUGUUAAUUGAAAUUUUUACAACAAUUGAUUAUAAACCAUAAAAAGUUGACCACAGGCAGUGAUUUCUGACCGGUGGCUUGGUCCAGGAAAUGUAUACAAAAUCAGACCUGAUUUACAGUUUUAAAGCUAUUGAUGACAAUAGUACCAAAUGCUUUAAAUAUUUACCUGAACUUUGAAAAUCAUCAUAUAGAUAGUAAAAUUUUGCUGUAUGGAAUACCAUGUAGUGCUGAAUCCAUCCUGGUUCUGAUGAUUCUUAUUACUCUGUAUUUACAAAGGCACACACAGUCCUCUUGUAGUUUAUGCUCCAUCAUUUUGGGCAUAGCAUCUGCAUAGCUAGUCCUUCCAGUGGGAGAGCGGCGGCAGCAUGCUGUAGUCUCUAUGCUGCGGAUCUUAUGAAUGACACCAGUUUGCUACUAAUUAUGAGCAUUUAUUAAACAAAACAUUUAAAAUUACAAGUUAUAUUUUUUAAAAAUUACUGCUUAGAAAUUGAUGUUUAUUUUAUGAAGCACUAUAUUUUGUAGCUGAUGACAAAGGGCAGGCAAAUAUUUUUGAUGAAUCAGUGGCAACUGCAUUUUUGUCUUUUGAAAUUGUUCUGAAAACAUCAGGACACAUAGCUUUCAGUCCGAUGGCACACACAGCAAGCUGUUGCUUUUUAAAUUCUGAAGCCUUGUCAGUUUUGCUUUUAAGAUUUCAAGUUUUAAAAUAGUCUUAUCUAUGAAACUGUUUGAAGGAUGAAGCAGAUCUCUGACUGACAUUUAAAAAUAUGUCCUCUAGAUGGUGUGUGGUGGAGGCAUAUGUUUCUGAAUUCAGUAAAAGUGAUUCCUAAGUAUAUUAUCCUAAUCCUUUUGUUACAGUUGAUAUAAAAAGGCAUGAACUAUGUACUCAAUACCUCUUAUGUAACCAAAAAAUGUUUUUUUAUUAGCUUUUAAGGACUGAGAGAGUGCAUUGGGUUCACCUGGCAUGCACUCUGUCUGCCAAUGAAGUCCUCAACUGUUUAGUGUUUUCAACUGACAUUAUUUAUAAUAUAUGAAUUUAAUAUCUUUUUAAAAAGACAAUAAUUGAAGUCUCUGGGAGGAACCUUUCAAUUCCCAAGGGGACUUAUUCGUUUGGGAUCGUAAAUGAGAUCCUUUUGAUCUAUCAGAAUAUUGAUGGCAGAGUACCUUUUAUCUUGUUGGAAAGAAGGCACGUGGAAAGGUCAGAGAUUAAGUAGUAAAGUUAUGGAAUAUAGUGAAAGGAUACCAGUUGUGAAAUGAAAAUAGACACGUUAUAGUACCCCAAAAGCAAGACAGGCAGAAGGUAUGAAGGGUGCACUCCCAAAAACAAAAUAACAAUUUUCAACUACAAACUUUAUACCAAAAGACUGUUGUAGAAGAAAAGAAGGCUUUCGUGCACUUUAUGUGGCAGGGGAGGGGCAGGGAUGGAGCCCUGUCUAUGCUGAUGCUGAGCAGCAGGUGGACAGGGCAUGAGCCUGCUGUGCUUCCAACACACGCAGUGAUUUCGUUUUCCUGAAGGACCCGUGAUUUAAGUUCCUUUUAUUUCUUCCCUCUCCAAGUCUCCGAGAGAGAUGGGGGUGAUGUUUAUGUUGCUACUAAAUUGAAGGAAGCACUAUUUCUUUUUCUCUUGUGUUAGCAAUAAUUGCAAAAAGAGUUGUACAUUCUAAGAGGAAAAAAAACAAAAACAAAAAAAAACAAGGGACCUAACAAAACUGAGCAGUGUUACUGUAUUUUUAAAAAAUAUUUUUAUAGACUCAUUUUCAGGUUAUUAAGUGUAAAAGAAACAGAUACCCCUCUUUUUUUCCUAAAGUAGUUAAAACAUCGAUGAUUUGUAUUAUCAAUUUUUAGAAAUAAUUUCCUAAUAAACUGUGGCAUUAGAAAAUACUAGAAUUUUUUUAAGUGAAAUUAGUUGAAACAUUUGUUAAUGAAUAUAACAAACAUUUUUUUCAGAAUUAAACAUGGACUCUGACUAUGUGCUUACUAAUAGAUAAAGCCAGAUAUAAUUUUUUGUGUUUGUUUUUAAGGCCAUAAAAUAUGGCUUUUGUUAAAGAACACUAAAGCUAGAAAUCUAUGUAAGAACAACUUUUUAAAGGCUACUUCCUAUUAUUAUGAGUGUUAAAACCCCUGCAGAAUCAUGAUAAGGUGCUAUUUAUAUUGUUUUUCUUAUUAGAAAACAACCACCAGGAUAUCUAGUCUUUUUAGUUCUACAUCCGUCAACUUCAACAUUUCAUUCAGUAGUUUUGCCAUAGAAAAGGCAUAUUAAAAUUGAAAUAGGAAAGUAAUUUCAUGUAUCUUUCUUUCUAGGUACCCCCCCUCCCCCAUUAAACAUAUUUUCUUGAAGUAAAUACAUUGUUAAAACCUAUUUGCAACUCCAUUCAAUCUAGUAAUUCUUAGUGUUUCACCUUAGUAUUAGGAUGUGAAAUGCCAUCUCUUUCACUGAUUACACAGACUACCAGAAGCACGUAAAACAGGAAAAAAAGACAGUAUGCCAAGGGGCUAUUCCCAGUUUAGCAGAAAAGCUCUCAGUAGAAGAAGGUGAUCUGAGUGAUAGGAGUAUAGGAGUGUUGCUAAUUACGAGUUGUUUUGUCAUGAUAUAAUUAGGAAGUAACUUCUGAAAGUACAACUUCUAUGAAAAAAAUAAAUUAUAGAUUAGUUUAAUUGGGAAAAUGGACCAUUGACAGAGACUGUUUCCCUAACACACUAAAUCAUUUCUGUGUUAGUACUUUAACUUUUUACAAAUUUUAUUUCUACAUUUUAUAAUGUGUUUAAUUUUAAUUUAGAAUGCUAUGUGUACAGAGUAUGCAGCCAAAUCAGGCAGAUCAAACCAUUUUACCUGGACUUUGGUACUAGUUUUUACUUCUCUGAUUCUGUAAAAGAAAAAUAAAUACAAUUGAGUUUCCA